UCUAACGUAAACAUCAAAAUGAGUACAAGAAAAAGACUCUGUUUAAAAGAUAAAUUAAAAAUUGUAGAUGAUCAUCGAAAUGGUUUACGUGUAACAGAUUUGUAUAAAAAGUAUGGUAUAAAAAAAUCCACAAUUUGUACCAUUUUAAAAUCUAAGGAGAAUCUUCUGAAAAAUGCGGAAACUACAAAUUUUGGGAGCAAAAAUAGAAAGGCUAUUAAACAGGGUGAAUUCCCCAUAAUGGAAAACCGGCUCUUUUCUUGGUUUCAAAGACAGCGGCGUUGUCAUAAUCCCAUAACUGGUGCAAUUUUACAAUUCAAAGCCAAGGAAAUUCAUAAAAAAUUAUAUGGUGGCAAUUUCAAUGCCAGCCACGGGUGGUUGACCAGAUUUAAAAAUAGGUAUGGCAUUCGGCUUUUAAAACAAAGUGGAGAGAAACUUUCGUCAGAUGCACAAGAAGUGGAGCCAUUUAAAAGAAAAUUAAACCAAAUUAUUCUAGAAAAUAACUUGCCGAAAGACGCAAUUUUCAAUGCGGAUGAAACCGGGUUAUUUUGGAAAGUUUUACCUGACAAAACAUAUGUUCAUUCCGGAGAAAGGAGUGCGCCGGGCCGAAAAAUAUCAAAGGAACGAAUCACAGUCUUGGUUUGUAGUAAUGCCAGUGGUUCGAAAAAAAUUAAACCUUUGCUAGUUGGAAAAUCACGAAAUCCUCGUGCAUUUCGGAAUAAAACGUUGCCUGUGGAUUAUACCCACUCGAAAAAUGCUUGGAUGACAUGUACACUAUUCAAAACAUGGUUUUUCAACAAUUUUGUACCCCAGGUAGAAGAGUUUCUAGCACAAAACAAUUUGCCUCUAAAUGCUAUUCUCAUUUUGGAUAAUGCAACCUCUCAUCCUCCUGCAGAGGAAUUGGUAAAACAAACUCAUAGUGGCAAAAUUUGGGCGCAUUAUAUGCCCCCUAAUGUAACCCCAUUGAUCCAACCCAUGGGUCAGAAUGCAAUUCGCUUGCUUAAAUUACAUUAUAAAAACAGUCUAUUGUCUCGACUCUUUUCAACACCGGAGCAAAAUGUAUCCUUGUUUUUAAAGCAAUUUAAUUUAUUUGAAGCAACGAUUACAUUGGCAUCAGCUUGGAAAAGUGUGUCUGAGUCCUCUUUGACAAAAUGCUGGAACAAGAUUUUAAGGGAAAAUGACCACUUUGAUGAAGAAGAUGAUCUCCCUUUAUCUUCGUAUUUACGCCAUGACGAAGAUACUAUUGCAGUUGAAACUGGAGUUCAAUUGUUAAGAUCAAUUUUUCCUACAGUAGACAUAUCAGUAGAUGAUUUAAACAGCUGGGUUGAAAACAUUACCUCACCUGAAGACGUCGAUGAAGAUGAAAUUCAAAAUGAUGAGGAUAUUGUCGAAGCCGAAAACUUAAAUCCAAAAAUAAAUCAUGCGGAUGCAGUCAAACAUUUUGAAGCCUGCAUUAAAUGGACAGAGCAAAAUAAUAUAGAUUACUCAAAAUCAAUGGUUUUAAGAGAGCUUCAAGAAGAGGCUAUUAAAAAGCAAAUUUCCAUACCAAAAAAACAAACAUUGCUAAAUCGUUUUUUUAAAUAGAUUUUUUUACUUUUAUAAAAGAAUUGCCUUUUAUUUAUGUUUUUUGUAUAUGUAACUCUAAAUGUGACAUGAAUUGUUCCUUUUUUGUUUUUGUUAAAUAAAUACAUUUUUUUAUAAAAUAUAC